GGAAAAGUGUCCGGACUGGAAGGGGGUAAAAGUGUCCGGACUGGAAGGGGGGUGAAAGUGUGUCCGGACAGGAAGGGGGUAAAAGUGUCCGGACUGGAAGGGGGUAAAAGUGUCCGGACUGGAAGGGGGUGAAAGUGUCCGGACUGGAAGGGGGUGAAAGUGUCCGGACUGGAAGGGGGUAAAAGUGUCCGGACUGGAAGGGGGGUGAAAGUGUCCGGACUGGAAGGGCGCUGAAAAUUGGCCUGGACAGGAAGGGGGGGAAAGUGUCCGGACUGGAAGGGGUUAAACAUG